CUCUACAUAUGAAGAAAAACGCAAUUUAUUAGUGUGUAACGUCACUUGUUGAUUAGGUUAAUUUUUAUCUUUUAAAACAUGUAUAAAUAGCAAGCAAUAAACGCUUGCAUUCUCACACAGUUACUUCUAAUAGUUCUAAUAGUUCAACAGUGACUUGAAAAAAUGGCUAACGCUCCAUCCACUAUCAUAAUUAAAUCCUUAGAUAAAUCAAAUUUUCCACUAGAUAUGGGUUUAGUGGUAAUGAGAGAAAUGUUCACUUUUGGUGUGAAGGAUAUAUCAAUUAAAGGGGAUAAAAUAUUUAUAUGCCUGACGUAUACUCCACGGCAUCAGAAUCUAAAAAAGAAAUUUGGAGACUUGCCCAUUCAAUACAUUAGAACAAAAAUGUUUGACAAGGAAAAAGACUUAAAAUUGUUUGAAACGGCAUUAAAAAUAUUUAACUUUAAAAUCCGUUUGGACGAGGAGGAAGAGGAGGAAUUCCAACAACAACAACAACAAAUAGAGAGUGGUCCUAGCAGAAAAAAGGUAAAAGUUUCACAACCAGAAUCAUCGUUGUUGGAGUCUAGGAUUAGCCUGGAUUCUGAACAAGUUAGUUUGGGUGGUGUCCACAUGUUAUUACAUACAUAUGUAGAUGUUACACAGUUUUGUCUGCUCGAGUGCAUGUUUCAAGUUGUAAUGAUGUCUCGAGCACUAACAAAAAAUUUAUGA